CUCCAUGUCCCAGAAACUAUGACACAAUAUAGGAAAGGGAAACCCCAUAAAAGCAUAAUAGGGCCUCUUUCAUUUAAAUCCAAUAAUGAAAACACUAUCAGAAAAAUAAACUACCAGUCUAUUUACUAAUUUAUAUUUGUUCCUGACAUGCCACGGAAUCCAGAGAUAACAUCAGCUUUGAUGAUUUAACUUUCCUUUCUGUUAUUGUUACUUUUCUAAGUGUGGACUUGUUUCUGUUGUGUGGCCAUACUGUCAUGAACAGAAGCCCAAGAGCUGUCCCAGUGUUUGGUAAAAUAUUUCACACAGUAUAGGCUCCACACUUUCCAGUGUCAUCGUCGUGCCUGUGGUAAGAGUCAGAGUAGGAAGUAGGCGUGGGAGAUGAUUAUUUACACCCUCGCUGCUUUUUAUUUCAAACACACACACUACUGGGUGAGGCAGGAACAGCGACACCAGAGUAACUCCAGCAGCUGCUUUGUGGACGUUUUCCCACUCAUUUUGACUUCCAUAAGAGAGUUGUGUGUGUGGUGACCCAAAGUGACUGUGUCACCAUGGUCCUGCCUGGCUCGUGCCAUGCGGCGUUCACGGUCCUCCGGCAGAUAGAGUCGGGGGUGGUGCUGGAGCAGCUGGGCAGCAGUCUCUUCAACACGGCCCUGCAGAUGGUGGUGAAGGACCGGAGUGUCAACGCCACCUACACCGACGUAUCCGAGAAAGACAGCCAGCAGAAGUUCAUGACAGACUUCUUCUUGAUCUACAACCUCAUCAUCGGGCUGACUCCCAUCCUGCCCGCCAUGUUGCUGGCCAGGUUAGGGGACCGCGGCUGGAGGAGAACCCCCAUCAUGCUGCCCCUCAGCGGGUACCUGCUGUCCAGGCUCGCCCUGCUGCUGGUGGUCCUCUUCCGGCUCCCGCUGGAGGUGAUGUACGGAGCCGGGGUGGUCUUCGGGCUGUCUGGGGGCUUCUGCGCGUACUGGCCCGGCGUGAUGACGCUGGCGUCGCUCGGCUCCACGGCGAAGGACCGAUCCAAGGUGUUGAUGAGGGUGGAGCUGCUGUACGGGGGGGCCGGCCUGGUGGGCAGCCUGGUGUCGGGGCACCUCUUCCUGCUCUACAGCUCCAGCACCCAACAUGGGUCCAUCCUGCUCUCCAUGAGCACUCUGCUGCACCUGCUCUGCCUCUUACACGCCAUCACCCUGCUGCAGGUGUGUUGUGUGUGUGUGUGUCUCUCCUCCUUCCCAUCAGGCACCAUUCUCACCUCCCUGCAGCUGGCUCUGAAGUUUGCCAGCCUGGCCUACAUCCCGGCCUUCACUAAGAUCUACCAGCGGACCCUGGGCUGGUUCCCAGGCUUCGUCUUCACGCUGUCCAGCAUAAUCACCGUGCUGGGGAUGAUACCAAUAUGUGUCAUCGGCUGCAGAUCCCCUCAAAAGCAACGGUACGAAACGAUCCAAGGGGACUGAGCCCCCCCGUCCCCGUCCCCGUCAGCCGUGGGCUAGCAUCGGUACGAGUAAGCAACUGAGACAGGAAAUGGGCAGAAAGCAGAAUGGUGCCUUUAAUGUCACUUCCUAUUGUGGUGAAACUUUAGACAUGUAGUAGAGGAGAUCCUACAGGCGGAUCAUUCAGUAGCAUUCAUAUUUAUAUUCUAUUUUUGUACUCCAAUACAGGCCUUUUAUAUGAACAAAUACAUAUUUUACAAUUGUUUUUUAUAAACCAACAGAAUUUUAGUGACAUUUUUAUGAAUUAAAGUCAUCUCGACAGCAACACCAACAAGGGGAUUUUACCACAAUGUAAAUAUGUCAUUGAAUGUGUCCAACUUGUCCCAUUGCAGCCAUCAUCUAAAGGAGUGUGAGCUAAGAAUGACUGACUGUAUAGGUACAUGUCUAAAAAGAUAAUAAUUUGAAAAGUAUUUGCACUUUUAGGGUUAUUUUUUCUACUGCUUUGAGGUUAGGGUUAUAAAAAUAUCAAAUUUAGAAAUGUGUUUUUUAAUAGCCACGCAAGUGUGUGUGUGUUUUAUUUGUACUUGUGUUGGAUUGAAGGAAAGAACCUGCAGCCUGCAUAGUUUUUUUUUAUGUUAUGCAUUAAUUUAUGAUUGCACUAUUAAUUGUUUACAUUUAACAAGGCACAAACACACAAAGGCUGCUGUCAAUAACUUGAAAUAGGGUUAAAUAAGUUUAUUACAGCCAAGGUACAGUUCAUUUGGGGUUGAAACAGAGGGCAUUUGCACUGAUGAGACUUAAAGCUGCAACUCUGGUACAGUAUUUUGUUUUUUGAUAACAAUGUCAAAGGUUUGUCUGAAGUUUUUAAUGUGAUUUGUUGAUAUGGAACCAACUGUUGUGAAAUUCACACUAAUUCUGCCAAUAAAGUCAUUUUGAACAUUCAAGUA